UUUGAAUAAGACCUCUUUUCUGCUCUGCACACACAGGGAAGGCGAGCAGUCCAAAAGACCAGCAAACUAACAACUGCUUCUACGCCUGGGUCACUACUCGAAGCAAAGCCACUGCAAUAAAAGAAUCUUAUUGGGACAGAAGUAAUUUGGUAAACCAUGACUUCCUUUCUUCUACUAUGUGCCUGCCUCAGUGUCUCCUCUGCAACAGUCAUGUUUGAACCAAUAAACGAUGAGGACAGUACCCUUAGUGUUAGCAUCCCUGUGAAGCAGCCGCUGCGCCCCCUGCUCGGUGGAAAGGUGGUUAUCCCCUGCUAUUUCCAGGACAACACCGUCCAUGACCCUGGAGCCCCUACUAUUGCUCCUCUAUCACAACGCAUCAAGUGGAGCUACAUUUACAAAGGCAAAAAAAGCCUCAUCCUGGUUGCAAUCGGGGGAGUAAUACUAACUGAGCCAAAUUAUUUGGACCGGGUGACCAUGGUGAACUAUCCAUCAGUUUCCACAGAUGUCACCAUAGAGAUCUCAGAGCUGCGCUCCAGCGAUUCAGGGACAUACCUAUGUGAAGUCAUGCAAGGCAUUGAUGACAAGUAUGGCUCAGUAGAGAUGCAUGUUCAAGGCAUCGUGUUCCACUACCGGGCCAUAACCAGCCGCUACACCCUGACAUUCGACAUGGCAAAAGCAGCCUGCAUCAUGAACAAUGCCGUUAUAGCGACUCCUGAACAGCUGCAAGCUGCUUAUGAUGACGGAUUUCACCAGUGUGAUGCAGGCUGGCUCUCAGAUCAAACUGUCAGGUAUCCCAUUCAUGAGCCCAGGGAGCCUUGCUUUGGAGACAAGGAAAAUUAUCCAGGUGUACGAACAUAUGGAAUCAGAGAUAAUAAUGAGACCUACGAUGUGUACUGCUUUUCAGAGAAGAUGUCUGGCAGAGUAUUCUACUCCAUGUCCAUGAAAAAGUUUACAUUAUCGGAGGCAUCUGAACAGUGUGGGAAACUUGGAGCCCAACUAGCCACCACAGGGCAACUAUACUUGGCCUGGAAAGCUGGAAUGGAUGUGUGCAAUGCUGGGUGGUUAGCAGAUGGGAGUGUGAGAUAUCCUAUUAACAUUGCCCGCCCUCAGUGUGGUGGGGGUCUCCUGGGUGUACGGACUGUGUACCGUUUUCCAAACCAGACAGGAUACCCCCACCCAGACUCCUACUAUGAUGCCAUCUGCUAUGAGGAAGAGGAAAAAGUACCCACUCCUUACCCUCCAGGACCUGCUGUGACCACAGACACCUACACCCCAGUACCUAUGAUUCACAUGACCACAGACAUCCAUACCAAAGUGCCUGAGAUUCACAUGACCACAGACAUCCAUACCCCAGUGCCUGAGAUUCACAUGACCACAGACAUCCAUACCCCAGUAUCUGAUAUUUACAUGACUACAGACACUGACUUUAGCGUGGGCACCUUCAGCUCCAGUCCAGUCGCCUAUCCUGAGAGUGACACCACUGAGGGGGAAGCUCGAGGGGAGUUUGUCAGCGAGCCCUGGGUUACCACUAUGGUGCCACCCCCUUCCUUCUUUACUACUGAAAUGGAGAGUGUCACGGAGGAUGUGCUCUUUGUAGCUGUAGCUCCGCCUGUUGUACAUGAGGCACCUCGAGAUGAUGUGAAAAUUAAAUUUAAAGGAGUGGUUUUCAACUACCAAUCAGGUUCCGCACGCAAUUUCACUUUUAAUGAGGCUCAGUUGAUCUGUCGUGGACAAAGAGCGGAAAUAGCCACACCCGAACAGUUGCAGGCAGCCUAUGAGGCUGGGCUGCAUCACUGCAGAUCUGGCUGGCUUAAGGACCAGUCUGUCAGGUACCCUAAUGCCGAUCCUGAUGAGUGCUCAAGAGAUCAAAACAAUGCUUCUGGGGUGAUUUCUUUUGGAAUUAGGCCUGCAGAUGAACGCUAUGAUGUCUAUUGCUACAUCGACCCAAUAGAAGUGGAUGCCUUCCAUAUCAGUUCCCUGGGAAACUUUACCUACCAAGAGGCAGAAAAUUACUGCCAUAGCCAGAAUGCCACCCUGGCCUCCACAGGGGAGCUGUAUGCAGCCUGGAGUCAGGGCCUCCAUAACUGCAACCCAGGCUGGUUGUCCGAUGGCAGUGUCCGCUACCCAGUUCAAACUUCAAAUCUCAGCUGUGGUGUAAAUAAAACAGGAAUUUACACCAUUUAUGCCAACCCCGACCAAACUGGAUUCCCAGAUCCUUCCUCCAGAUAUGAUGCUUUUUGUAUUAGAGAAUCUAUAUCAGAAAGUGGUUAUGGAUCUGCUAGUGGGUUACCAAGUGGAAGUGUUCCUGAGAGUGGCCUUCCCAGUGCUGAAGGUUCCAGCAGUGGUUUCCCCAGUGGAUAUGCAUCUGGAAGUGGCCUUCCCAGUGCUGAAGGUUCCAGCAGUGGUUUCCCCAGUGGAUAUGCAUCUGGAAGUGGCUUUCCCAGUGCUGAAGGUCCCAGCAGUGGUUUCCCCAGUGGAUAUGCAUCUGGAAGUGGCUUUCCCAGUGCUGAAGGUCCCAGCAGUGGUUUCCCCAGUGGAUAUGCAUCUGGAAGUGGCCUUCCCAGUGCUGAAGGGUCCAGCAGUGGUUUCCCCCACAUUACCAGCAAUUGCUUCACAACUGUAUCUGCAUCUGGCAGUGGCUUUGGUUCUGGUAGUGGAACCAGUGGUGAUGUGUUGGGCAGCACAUCAGGGGAGGUGUCUGGGUCUGGUGAUGUCUCAGACAUCUUCGUCAUCUUCAAGGAGAGAGUAGACAUAGUGAGAACUACUACUGGAGGCUCUCAUGAGGCAGCAAAAGGGAGUGUAGAGAUUUAUACCUCAGGAAUGGAACCUGGAGACUCAGGAUCAGAUUAUGUGUCUGAAUCUAGACAGGAUAGUAGCGGGUCUGGUGGUCUAUCAUCUGGAUCUGGCAGUGGAGAUAAAAUCAUCUUGGUUGAUGGAGAAAUAACCAAUAUUCCCCUUCCACAGCCUAAAUCAAAGCUAGAAGCUGUUGGAGGACAGCCAGAGGUUAGCGGAUUUAGUGGCAUCCAUAGUGGGGACAUCAUAAGCGGUUCUGCAUUCAGUGGCAUGCCAAUUGGUGAUGUCAUAAAUAGCUCUGGCAUUGACAUAAUUAGUGGCUCGGGAGUUAGAGGAUUGCCCAGUGGUGAUGCCAUGAUUGAAUCUGGAUAUAGUGAAAUUCACAGCAGAAACCCUGGAAGCAGAGUUCCACCUACAUCAGAUUUGGUUAUUGAAGAUGUUAAUGAAACCAAUGUGCCACCUAUCAGCAGCACCAGUACCACCACAUUAUCUUUUACAACCAGUCCCAUGACAUUGGACUUGACACCAGCUACCAUGGACCAGCCCACUGUUACUGAGGCAAUACAUGGAUGUGCAGAAGACUGGGUGGAAUUUGAGAGCAACUGCUAUAUCUUUUUUAAUGUCAGAAAGAAUUGGACAAGUGCAGAGCAGCACUGCCGAGAAAUAAACUCUAAUCUGCUUAGCAUCACUUCUAAGAAAGAGCAAAUGUUUGUCAAUAAUCACAUUUGGGACUACCAGUGGAUUGGACUAACUGAGCGAGAUCAUCUAUGGACAGACGGAAGCCCUUUGGAAUAUAAAAACUGGAUACUGAAACGGCCACGUAGGGAUUUUAAUCCUGAAGAAGACUGUAUAGCAAUGGUUGGGAAUGAGUCUAGCCAAUGGACUAAUAUGCCUUGUAACUCCCAGCUGCCCUACACAUGCAAAAGUAGAUCUGUCAAAUGCUCCACACCACCUGAGGUCGAAAAUGCCAGAAUGUUAGGAAACAUGUUGGAGUACUACCCAGUCAACUCCAUCAUCCGCUACCAGUGCGACCUUGGAUUCACACAGCGGCAUCAUUCGGUGAUACGCUGCAUGCCAAAUGGCCAGUGGGAAAAGCCUAAAGUGGAAUGUGUAGAAAGCCCUUCAAGAAAAAGUUCCCGAAAUAGGUUAUCCGAAGGAACCUACAGUCAAACAUGAAGAAAAGUCCUCUAAACAGGACACAAGGCACACACUUCAAAUCAUCUAGAGGACUGUUAGUAAAAAGCAUCUCUGCACAAGUCUUAUUUGCCCAGAAAAAAUCCAGUAGCCAAGGUAACAGGGUCCACUUAUUACAAUGAUGCACAUUAGUUUCUGUUCUGUAGUUCGCCUGGCUGAUUUAUUUUUGAGUGUUACUCGGUGCCUUGGUGUUGGAGAAAAAUAAGAAGGAACAAGUUUUCUGAGUGAAAGUUCAAGGACAGAACGUCUUCCCACCAAUUUAUUUCUUGUUUCGUAUACAACCCAAUUUGUAACCCAAGGUUAACCCCCUAAAUUCGAAGCUUGUUUUUUUUUUAGUUUUUAAGCUUGAC